GUUCUCAGCGUCUCCUGUAUCCUUCUCAGCAGGGUUCUGCCAGGUUGAGAGGGUCAUGAAGAAUCUUUUUAUUAAAAAUCUGCAUUUAUGGCCAAGGUUCCAUAAAACUGUAUCCAAUAGUCUCUCCAUGUGCCAGCCUGAGGUUGUAGAACUACAUCUAGAGAUGACGGAUAAGAUGAAGUUGAUCCAGACAGCCGUUCUAGACCUGAUCAGCUUCACUGUGAAGGAGAUCAAGAGAUUAAACCCUCAUCUAUCCACGGAACAGCUCACCGUAGAGAAUACUAUCUCGAAAUCUUUUCAUAAAAUCCUGCAGCAAGAGUUAAACCCUAUUUGGCAUCAGUUGUCUGGGAAGACGAAACAGCUGAUCUCUGAUCUGAAAACUAUGCGGAGUCUUAUGGUUUAUCUAACACAGUAUGAUUGCAUCACAUUCUACAGCCUGAUUGCUGCACAAAGAACUGCUGAGAGUGCUUUGAAGAGUAGCAGUGGUUGGGUUACUCUGGAUUCUGCUGAAUCUCUCUUCCUCACAUCAAAGGAUCGAGUGUUCUCCGCCCUUGAGGAAACUACUGCUAAGAAGUCUAAACCUGAGAAAGCUCAUGGUAUAGAGGAGAAUCCUAAGUGGAAUAUUAUCUCAGAAAUAUUGGGAGAAAUCAGAGAUGAAAUGAAGGAAUUCGCGAUUAGUGAAUCUGCGGAGACAGUUCUUAUCAUCACUAAGGACGAAAGAACAUCGAACCAAGUUCGAGAUUAUCUUGAAUUAGGUUCCAGUAAACUCCUGGCUAGGAUGUAUAAUAAAGCUCUGGGUGAGAAGCAUGGAUUCCUUCCUGAUGAUGAGAUUAAACCAAGGGAACCAAAAAAUAAAGGAAUUGGGAAAAGUUCUGUAAAGUCCGUCCCACCAGUCAAUGUUCAAAUGGAAAUUAAGGAUCUGGGUGUUAAAACUGUAGUUCACGGACUAGAGUCUAGACCACACCUGGAGAACUGGAACCUACUGGAGGAAACCUCUCCAAGGUUUAUCAUCCUGUAUGAUGCCGAUGUUAGUUUUGUUCGCCAGAUUGAAUGUUUCCAGGCAAAUAAUCCAAAUCUCAAGAUUAGGGUUUAUUUUCUCAUGUACAAAGGAUCUGUAGAGGAGCAGGCUUAUCUCACAGUUCUCAGGCGUGAGAAGGAAGCUUUCGAAAAAUUAAUAUCAGAAAAGAGUGGUAUGGUGAUACCUGAAGAUAGAGAAGGUCGAACUGUGGACAAUGAAACCUUGAGCCGGAAUAGUAAGAAAGCAUCAGAUAUUUUGAUGGAAUCCCAGAACUCCCGGAGUAGGAAGGGUGGAGCCAUCAACCAGAUCGUAUCUGCCAAGGUUAUAGUGGAUAUGAGAGAGUUCAGGAGUGAACUACCAAGUUUGCUCCACAAGAGAGGGAUUGAUAUAGAUCCUGUUACUCUAGAGGUUGGAGAUUAUAUUCUUACUCCGGAGAUAUGUGUAGAGAGAAAAUCUAUUAGUGAUCUUAUAGGUAGUUUGGGCUGUGGAAGGUUGUAUAAUCAAGCAACAGCUAUGACUAGGUUCUACAACAGUCCUAUGUUACUCAUAGAGUUUGAUGAUAAGAAACCUUUCUCACUCCAGGGCAAAUAUUAUCUAUCCAAGGAUUUACAGUCUAGUGAUAUUGUUGCUAAACUUCAGCUCCUUACUCUGCAUUUCCCAAAACUCAGGAUAUUAUGGAGUCCUAGUCCCCACGCUACAGCAGAACUAUUCGAUGAAUUAAAGCAGGGAAGAGAGCAACCUGACUCUAGCAAGGCAGCUACUAUAGGAGUUGAUAUUAUUGAUGAUAUUAACGUGGAUAAAUAUAAUCCUCAGAUCCAGGAUUUCCUGUCUAAACUCCCCGGGAUAUCAAGCAAGAAUAUAUAUGCGAUCAUGAACCAUUGUGAGAACUUAUUAGAUCUUCUGGAGAUCUCAGAGGAAGAAUUAUCAAAUAUUCUUGGGAGCCAAAAUAGUGGGUCUCAGCUCUACCAAGCUCUACACUCCGAUAUAGAAGUACCUCAGCUUGAAACCAAACCAGAGAAAAAACCAGUUUUCAAAUCCAAGUUUAAAUCUAGAAAAGUUACCAAGUAACUAAAAACUAGUUGUGAUGAGCAAUGUUACUCAAUCUAAUUUGUUAAAAAGACUGUUUUCAAAGUUUUAUACCGGUCAAUUAUGUUAUUUGUACCUGUUUUUUAAAAAUUAUUUUUAUGAUCUCAUCAUUAUUAUUAAUAAAACUAUAUUUUCAGAA